AGGAAAGAUUAGACCAGAUCAAACCAGAUCAGACCAGACCAGAUCAGUUCAGACCAGACCAGACUAGACCAGAUCAGAUCAGACCAGACCAAGUAAAAACAUCCUAAGUCAGAAGAAUUUGUUGGGACAACUCAAAAAGGAAAAUUGGAAGAAUUUUAUGGAACGAUCGGUUAUGACCCUAAUUUUGAAAAUGUUUUUUUUUUUAUUUCAUUAUUUUUCCAAUACACUCUCAAAAGUGAAAACGUUACCUUAGCCUUUCUUUUCAGAUUUCUUCUGUCGAUAUCCUUUUCAUACGUCUCUCCCCCAUCUUCUCCUGGUCUCUGUUGUCUUAAGCUCCUUAUCGCUCAGUUAAGGAAGGGAAUGAGUGGGACAUCAAGUCUAUCACAGAUAUGGCAACUUCCUUCAUCCACACGCUUACUCAGGAGCUGCAGUUUCUCCAAAAGUCAGUACACAGUGAUUGGAAGAGUUAUGCAUCCUAUGUCUUGCUGGUGCAAGCAGGUGCAAACCACUGCUUAUGAAGUUGUAAAUGGAAGCUACAUCCCGAAUCAUGAUUCUAAACUGGAUGAAAGAGUAAAAUCAACUACCGCAUUAGAAAACACGGGUGCCUUUAAAAAGUUACCCAUGGUAAUGCCAUCAGUGGAUAUAUUAUAUUCAGCACUGAGGAAAGCAAAGAAGGUCUCACCUACAAAAGGCAUUGCUAAUAUUGCAAAGCGAGAGAGAAAUCGAGGUGCAAAACAACUUGAUGCGCUGUUGAAGGAGCUAGCUCUUCCAUUGAAGACAUAUAAGGAGACUUUCCCAAUAAAACAGUGUUUGCAUCCUUAUGAAAGAUCUUUGAUUGAGUUGACACUAGGAGAUGGAAACUAUGAAGCGGCUUUGGGAAAGAUUGAUGCAUUGAGGAAGAAGGUUGUGUCAGUUGGAAAAGAACAUGCCUCUCUCUGUGCCAAGUCAUCGACAAAGCGUGAAGCGGAGGAGCGAUUGAGUGAGGGAAUGAAAAACCUUGAAGACAUUUUUCAAAGUGAAGGAAAGGCUGUUGAUGAGCUGAUGGAUAUUGCCAAGACAUUGAGAGCAAUGCCUGUUAUUGAUUUGGAAACUCCAACUCUUUGUCUUGUGGGCGCUCCUAAUGUUGGUAAAUCAUCUUUGGUUCGUGUACUUUCAACCGGGAAACCAGAGAUCUGCAAUUAUCCGUUUACAACUCGAGGAAUUUUAAUGGGGCAUAUUACUUUGAGCUACCAGAAUUUUCAGGUUACUGAUACCCCUGGUAUCUUGAGGCGGCGUGAUGAGGACAGGAAUAAUUUGGAGAAGUUGACGAUUGCUGUUCUGAGUCACUUGCCGACAGCUGUACUUUAUGUUCACGAUUUAUCCGGGGAGUGUGGGACAUCACCUUCCGAUCAGUUUGCGAUUUAUAAGGAAAUAAGGGGCAGGUUUAGUAAUCACAUCUGGCUUGAUGUUGUCUCUAAAUGUGACCUGCUGCAAGAAUCCCCUGUCAUCUUUGUAACAGAAGAUAGCAAAACAGACCAUCCCGAGCUUGUAAAGUACAGGAAAAUGGGACCCGACGGAGCGUUACACGUGUCCGUAAAGAGCGAGAUUGGGCUUCAUGAUUUGAAGAGCAGAGUCCAUCAGCUACUUGUAUCUCAAUCAGAAAGGAUUGAAACCCCAAAGGGUACUAAGGAAAAUUGUGUAGCUCUAUAGAACUUCCAAUAAAAUGUUAUCAAUCUGGAUGAGGUUAAGUUUGUGAGCUUGUUUGGUACUCCACUUUUUUGGCUCAUACACCCAAUCUUUCACUCAAGAGAAUUUGCCAAAUAAGGAAGUGGGAAAAAGCGUGAAGUUAAUUUCGGGACUGUCCGGAAAGGAAAGUGUGAAGUUGUUUACGGGGACAGAGGGAGUAUGUAGUUGUGCAUCAGUUGAGAAGUCCAUUACUACAUCAUCGAUAUCACCUUUACUUUAGAAUAUUGUUUUCUUUUGUUUUGUUUUAUAAUUAGUGUAAAGAAUGAUCAUAUCAGAAUUGAGGAAAGGAACCACGUAGUGAAGCUUUAUGUGGAAUUGGAUUCGUACUAGUAGCUAUAGCUAUUACAUACAAGUAGAUUGAUCUUUUUAUCUUUACCACAAGAAUAAAUACUUGAUCUUUAAUAAGGAUUGGUUGGAAUCGUGAUCUUCUUGCUUCGUGCCGA